GGGAUCGACUUUUCUGGCUUUUUGGAUUUAUUUGGCGGGGGGGGGCGAAAAAAAUAGGAAAAGUCAGGUUGCAUUUAAGGAAUGGAGUUGCUGAUUAUUGUGGUUGCAUCCCUUCGUGGGUCACGCGUGAUGCGGGGACACGAACGAGGGGAGGGCAAUUCGCCAUUUUUCAGGAAAAAGGAAAUACCUUCACGAAUGCAUGGCGUGGAUCUAUUUUGCUUUUGCACUCCAUGUGUACUCUAAAAGUGACUGCCGUGUAAACAUGCUGGGGACUAUACCAAAUAGCAAACGAGCAAGCGUCUGGUGGUGGUGGUCCCCAACGAGAACUCCUUCCCGACAGUGCGGCGGGCCUACACCAGCGAGGAUGAGGCGUGGCGGACGUACCUGGAGAACCCGCUGACGGCCGCCACCAAGGCCAUGAUGAGCAUCAACGGCGACGAGGACAGCGCCAACGCCCUGGGCCUUCUCUACGACUACUACAAGGUCCCCAAAGAUAAGAGAGUCCUAUCUGCUCCCAAAGUUGUAGAAAUAACAGACGAACAGGAAAAAAGGAAUACUUUGCCUAGCGGUGGUGAUGUGGAGACCUUGGACAACCGCGUCCAGGUCCUCAAGACCGUCCCCGUCAACUUGUCGCUCAACACGGAGCAACCCGACGCCAAACGCGAGCAGUUUGCCGGGGAAGGAGGCGCGGCCUCUGUGGCCCUGGUGAAGGCCGAGGCGUACGCCCCGGUCUACAUGGCCGGUGCCGGGCUGCACUACCGCACAGACGGGGAGGAGCCGGCGAGAGUGGUCUACGAGCAGAGCCCCUACGGGGUGACCACCAUCAGUCACAGCGCCUACGCGAAGGAGGACCAGCAGAGUCCGCCGGACAGCCCCUUUGACGAGGACAGGGACGCGAAGUACCACACGCCUUCUUCUCUAGCUUCAGACGACUUUUUGUUCCAGCAGGAGAGAGUUGACAGCUUCCAGUACACGCUGGACGCCACACGCUCGCUGCGCCAGAAGCAGGGCGAGGGCCCCAUGACGUACCUGAACAAGGGCCAGUUCUACGCCGUGACGCUCAAUGAGCGCAGCGCCAACAAGCGCCUGCGUCACCCCAUUAGCAAAGUUCGGAGCGUGAUCAUGGUGGUGUUCAGCGAGGACAAGAACCGGGACGAGCAGCUUAAAUACUGGAAGUACUGGCACUCUCGGCAGCACACGGCCAAGCAGAGGGUCCUGGACAUCGCCGAUUACAAGGAGAGCUUCAACACGAUUGGCAACAUCGAGGAAAUCGCCUACAACGCCAUCUCCUUCACCUGGGACGUCAACGAAGAGGCCAAGAUCUUCAUCACGGUCAACUGCCUCAGCACGGACUUCUCGUCGCAGAAGGGUGUCAAGGGUCUUCCUCUGAUGAUCCAGAUCGACACGUACAGCUACAACAACCGCAGCAACAAGCCGCUGCACAGAGCCUACUCGCAGAUCAAGGUUUUCUGUGAUAAGGCAACUGAGCGCAAGAUAAGAGACGAGGAAAGAAAACUGCUGCGCAAGAAGUCGAAAGGUAAAGAUGGAGGUGUGAUAACAGUCCCCAAAAAGUCAGACGUAACAUAUUUCAAGAUUAUGACUGACCUGGAAGCACAGCCCGUCCUCUUCAUCCCUGAUGUCCACUUUGGCAACCUGCAGAGGGCCGGACAGGUGUUCACCUUCAACGCAGAGGAGAUUGAGCGAGAAGGGAGCGUGCUGGUGAAGAGGAUGUUCAGGCCGUCGGAUGAAGACUUGUGUCCGUCGCCACAGAAACAGAUCAAGGAGGAGACGCACAAGCGAGUGUUGUUGUACGUCCGCAAAGAGACAGACGAGGUGUUUGACGCGUUGAUGCUCAAGUCUCCAACACUCCACGGCCUCAUGGAUGCGAUAUCGGAGAAAUACGGAGUGGUGGCCGAAAAGAUCGCCAAAGUGUACAAGAAAAGCAAAAAAGGCAUCCUGGUCAACAUGGACGACAACAUCAUUGAGCAUUAUUCCAACGAGGACACCUUCAUCCUGCACAUGGAGAGCCACGCCGACGCCUACAAGGUGACGCUGACGGAGAUAUGACAGCGGGGAAAAAGGGGCAACCUCUUCCAGUAAUAUCCAUAAAGACUGCCGGUGAUUGGCUGACACUGUGCUCUGGUGGGGAACUGUUACAUUGGUCCUGAAAGGCAGAAAUAACAAAGCACAGAUUCACGGAUCCACUCCAUUUCCACUCCUUUUGUUUUGACUGUAUAAAUUGUGUUAUUGUGUACAUACUUGAUUUGUAUUGCCCAUCAGGAGUGAGAGGAUGCCUGAUGAAAACUGUCUUUGCAAUAGUUUGAACUCAUUCCUAAUUAUCAGCUUAGUUUGUAUGUCUGCCUUUAUAUUUGUUUGGUUUUAUAGCUGUUUUAUUAUUUAUUGAUGCUUUGCAGUAUAUCCAUCGAUUUCAAGUUCUUCACAUUUCAGUGACUUAACAGGAAGUCAACGUCCACAAGAGCCUUCCUGUGAGAAAAAA